AUGUUGACGAGCUCAUUACUACUUAGCUGUGGCUUGCUAGCCUCAGUAGCAGCAUGGAACACCGAUGUCCAUAAUCAAAUCGGCUUCAUGGCCGAACAGUUCCUCGAGCCAGAGACCACCGCCGUGCUGGCAGAACUCCUCGAACCCGAAUACAACGGUUCCGUCGGUCGCGCAGCAGCAUGGGCCGACGCUUACGCUCACACAGCCGAGGGCCACUUCUCCUACCAAUGGCACUGGAUCGACACUCACGACAACGCACCAGAGUACUGCCAUCUAGACUACGAGAAGGACUGCGCAAAGGGCGGAUGUGUAGUCAGUGCUAUUGCGAACCAGACGGGCAUACUGCGCGAGUGUAUCCAGGACUUGACGAGUGGAGCUGUAAGCGGAGGGAGCAAUUUGACUUGCUCGUAUGCACUAAAAUGGGUGGCGCAUUUCUUUGGAGAUAUUCACCAGCCGCUUCAUGCUAAUGGGCGGGCGGUUGGCGGAAACACGUACACGGUGAUUUUCGCGAAUGUGACAACGCAACUGCAUGCGGUCUGGGAUCACUAUAUCCCAUAUUUCGCUGCCAGCGUCAGUGAGCCCUUCUCGAACCAAUCCAUCGAUCCAUUCUUCAGCGGGCUUGUAUCUCGCAUCCGCAAGGGCGAUUUUCAUUCUCUGCCUGCACUGUGGCUGGCGUGCAGUGACCCCUCUACUCCCGAAAUCUGUGCAACUGCGUACGCCAAGGAGAGCAACAAGUGGGACUGUGAUUAUGUGUGGAAAAAUGCGCGCAAUGAUACCGAUCUGGGUACGAAUGGGUACGCAAAAGGCGGUGUACCUAUUGUCGAGUUGCAAAUCAGCAAAGCUGCGUACAGAUUGGGUGCAUGGCUCAACAGGAUGGUGCAGAGCAAGGGACAUAGGUCUAAAACAGCGCAAGAAAUCCUUGAGCUUUGA